GUGGCGGCGCAGGUGCUGUGUGUCGGCGCGGCAGUGCUUCGUGCCGUCCUAGGUCGGCGCUCGAGCUGCUCGCAGCCGUGGCCUCUGGCGCUGGGACCCGGGGCUGCGGGACAGACGGCGGCGGCGCGGGGCUGCGGGCGAGGGCUCGGCCGGGCCGGCGCAGUUUUUCUAGGAAAAAGCUCACUCCUGCAACUGCCACCUUGUCCAGUGAAUGAAAAGAAUCGAGGAGCCCCAAGAGAGAACUCACAGUGUAGAACAGUGGCCCAGGUCCCAGCCCCAGCCCCACAGGGGAGCUGCUGUGACGUCAGAGGAAGCUCAGGUUUGGACGCUUCGCAGAACAGUAGCGGAAGAUGAAUGGAUCUCAGGUGAGUCUCCCUGUCGUGGACACGCCUCCUGGUUUGGCUCUGCAUUUUAGGAUUCACGGCUUACAAGAGUUGAUAGUAGAGAUGCUGACAGGCCACGGCACUGACGCUUCUUCAGAGCAGCAUGGGCGCAGAUUGAGCCUGGCUCACGCACAUGGCAGCGCAGCACACUGUCCAUGGGCCGGUGUCAUUCAGGGAUGUGGCCGUGGACUUCACCCGGGACGAGUGGCAGCAGCUGGACCGUGAGCAGAGGGCGACGUACAGGGACGUGAUGCUGGAAAACUACAACCAUCUGGAGGCCGUGGGGUGUGACGAACACAAGCCAAAUGUGAUCAUCAAGUUGGAGCAGGGGGAAGAGCCUUGGGAAACAGAGAGCGAGCCCCCAUCUCUGAGUCAUGCCGAAGUCUGGAAAGUUGAUGGCCUGAGAGAGAGAAUCCAAGACAAUGAAAACAAACACUCAAGGCACUCCAGUUACAUUCACAGCACAACUACAGCUGAAGAGAAAGAGGAUGCAUUUGACUUAACUAACAGUGUAGGGACGAACCUUGUUCCUUCAAAUACAGCAUCUUAUAAUUGUGUCUUUUGUGGAAAGGAUUUAGAAGUGACUUCAAACUUGAUUAUUAGUGAUGGAAGCUAUGUAAGAAAGACACCCAAGACAUGCAGUGACUGUGGGAAGAAGUAUGGAGAGAAAGACUAUGAAUUUGAUCAAAACGGGGAAGUCUGUUCUCAAAGUAAAGAAAGUACUUGUCAGAAAAUUAACAUUUUAGAGAAGUCCUUUGACUAUAACAAAUACAAAGACACCUUAGGUAAGAGAGCUGUUUUCAUUACUCAUAAGAACCCUUAUCAGGGUGAGAAGCCCUGUGAGUGGAGUGAUGCUGGGUCAGACUUCAUCCAGGUGUCCAAUUUUGGUGUAUACCGGAAACCUCAACUAGAAGUCAAACCCUUUGAGUGUAGUGAAUGUGGAAAAGCCUUCUGCAAAAAGUCGAAAUUCAUCAUACAUCAGAGGGCUCACACAGGAGAGAAACCCUAUGAGUGCAAUGUGUGUGGAAAGUCCUUCAGCCAGAAGGGCACCCUGACUGUCCAUCGGCGAUCUCAUUUGGAGGAAAAACCCUACAAGUGCAAUGAGUGUGGGAAAACCUUCUGUCAGAAGCUGCAUCUGACUCAACACCUGAGAACUCAUUCAGGAGAGAAACCAUAUGAAUGCAGUGUAUGUGGGAAGACCUUCUGUCAAAAGACACACCUCACCCUCCACCAGAGAAACCACUCGGGAGAGAGGCCCUACCCAUGCAAUGCAUGUGGGAAAUCCUUUUCCCGCAAGUCUGCGCUCAGUGACCAUCAGAGAACACACACAGGGGAGAAGCUUUAUCAGUGUGAGGAGUGUGGGAAGUCCUACUAUAGGAAAUCCACUCUCAUCACUCAUCAGAGGACACACACCGGAGAGAAGCCUUAUCAGUGUAGUGAAUGUGGGAAGUUCUUUUCUCGAGUGUCCUACCUCACUAUCCAUUACAGAAGUCACUUGGAGGAGAAGCCCUAUGAAUGUAACCAGUGUGGCAAAACCUUCAAUCUAAAUUCAGCCUUCACCCGACACAGGAAAGUGCACGCAGAUGAGAAACUCCAUGAAUGCAGUGAAUGUGGAAAGCUCUCUCAGUUCUCGUAUCUCCCUGACCACCACACAAGUUCUUUAGGAGAAAAACCUUAUGAAUGUAAUGAGUGUGGGAAGACAUUUCUCGAAAAUUCACCCUUUAGUGGGCAACAACCACUUCCCCAAGGGGAGAAAUCCUAUGAAUGUAACAUAUGCGGGAAAUCAUUUGCUGAGUUGUCCUACUAUACCGUACAUUAUAGGAGUCACUCAGAGGAGAAGCCCUAUGGCUGUAGUGAAUGCGGUAAGACCUUUUCUCAUAAUUCGUCACUCUUUAGACAUCAACGAGUACACACAGGUGAGAAACCCUAUGAGUGCUAUGAAUGUGGGAAAUUCUUUUCUCAGAAGUCUUACCUCACUAUACAUCAUAGGAUUCACUCUGGGGAGAAGCCCUACGAAUGCAGUAAAUGUGGAAAGGUCUUCUCUCGGAUGUCCAACCUCACUGUACACUAUAGAAGCCAUUCAGGAGAGAAACCCUAUGAAUGUAAUGAAUGCGGAAAGGUCUUUUCUCAGAAGUCUUACCUCACAGUUCAUUACAGAACUCAUUCAGGAGAGAAGCCGUAUGAAUGUAACGAAUGUGGGAAAAAAUUCCACCACAGAUCAGCCUUCAACAGCCAUCAGAGAAUUCAUCAGAGAAGUAAUAUGAAUGUACUCAGUGUGGGAAAUCUGUGACAUCAAAUUUCACUUCAAAAAAUCCUCUGAAUAUAACAUUAUAGGAAUUCUGAUAGGGAUAUAUAUACAUAUAU